UCCAUUAUGCUUUAGGGGUUUUUGUCUGAGGAAUUGGAGAGAUGGGAGUGGCGGGCGCCGAGCGGCUAGAAUGCGUCGAUCUCUCCUGCCCGGACGUGGAGCGCCUGGCGCAGCAGCUCAGGAAGGCCUGCCUGGAGACGGGGUUCUUCUAUGUUGUGAACCACGGGAUAAGCGAGGAGUUUAUGGCACAGGUGUUUGAGCAGAGCCGGAAAUUCUUCACGCUUCCCUUGGAGGAGAAGAUGAAGGUCUACCAGGAUGAGAACGUCCGGGGCUACACCCCGAUCUUUGACGAGAAACUGGAUCCGGCAAAGCAGCGCCUUGGGGAUGCGAAGGAAGGAUAUUAUAUUCGACGCGAAGUUUCAGGGAGUGAUCCCAGAGCGAAGGAUCCUUUGCAAGGACCGAAUCAAUGGCCAUCUCCUGAUACACUCCCAGAAUGGAAGCAAACAAUGGAAAUGUAUUUCGACCAGGCCGAAAAGCUCUCGCGGAAACUAAUCAAGCUCAUUGCGCUAGCGUUGGAACUAGAAGAAUCGUUUUUCGACAAGCCUGGGAUGUUUGACCACGCCAUGGCAGCGGUUCGUUUGCUUCACUAUCCAGCUCAAGCUUCCAAUCCGGAAGAGGGAUUUUUUGGUGCUGGUGCGCACAGUGACUACGGAAUGCUCACACUUCUCGCCAGCGAUGGCGUUCCUGGUCUCCAGAUUUGCAAGGAGAAGGAUGCAAAGGAGCAAGUCUGGACUAAUGUCCAGCCACUGAAAGGGGCAUUUAUAGUCAACUUGGGAGAUAUGCUAGAGCGCUGGACAAACAACCUUUUCAGGUCAACAUUGCACCGGGUGCUCAACUAUGGGGUCGAACGCUACUCGGUGAGCAAAAUGCUUGACGUGUUUAGAAUCGUGAUGGAUUACUUUCGACAGAUUGCUUUCUUCAUGGGGCCAAAUUUUGACUGCAUUGUGGAGUGCAUUCCAACGUGUUGCAGCGAGCUGAAUCCAUCAAAAUUCCCUCCUGCUAAGAGUGGCGACCAUCUUUUAGGAAGAUAUAAAGUCACUCACAAGGAUUAUGAAGCUGUGGCAAACCGAAAAUAUACGUAAUCUAUAAUACUAAAAAUGAAUUGUUGGAUGUCA